AUGGCGGAGCAUCUCGUUUUCCACCCGCAGCUCACAAAAGCCGAUGCGCUAAUCCUCGAGGGCUUGCGCCAAGACAUCAACGAGUACAAGCCCAGUCAAGAUGCCCAAGCCGCCCCCAAAGCCCGUGAUGAGGAUCUACUGCGCCAUCUGCAAGCCAUGAAUGACCCCAAGGAUGCGCACUUUGAGGAGAGCAUCACCAGUUCAUGGGACUUUGAUCAGAUCAAGUUGCCACUUUUCCUCGAGAAGCUGGUGCUGCGACCAUACGUGCGGAUCGCCAAGUCUAUCGUCCGUGUUGACACAGAUGUGAUUAUGCUCACGCAUCUUCUGCUGUACUUCUCAACGUCGUUACCCAGCGCUAUUAUGCUGUACCGCAAUUUCUCGUGGAUUCAUGGUAUUCUGCAUUUUAUUAUGCAGUUCACAUACAUGGGCUCAUAUACGCUGCUGAUGCACCAACAUAUCCACAUGCGCGGUGUUCUCAACAAGCGUUUUGCUCUGUUUGAUAGCUUGUUUCCUUACAUCACUGACCCUUUGAUGGGACACACUUGGAACUCAUACUUCUACCACCACGUCAAGCAUCACCAUGUCGAAGGCAACGGACCCAACGAUCUCUCAUCGACAAUCCGAUACCAGCGUGACAGUCUGCCUCACUUGCUGCACUACAUCGGCAAGUUCCUAUUCUUCGUCUGGGCUGAACUUCCGCUGUACUUUAUCCGAAAUGGAAAGACCAUGACUGGACUCAAGGCCAUGUUCUGGGAGCUUUCUAACUACGCUUUCCUCACGACUAUGUUCUGCUUGAACCGAAAUGCUACGAUCUGCGUGUUCCUCAUGCCGCUUGGACUUAUGAGAUUGGGUAUGAUGAUGGGCAACUGGGGUCAGCACGCCUUUGUGGAUGAGAAUGAGCCUGACUCUGAUUACCGCUCGAGCAUCACUGUCAUUGAUGUCAUGAGCAACCGUCAAUGCUACAACGACGGCUACCACACCUCUCACCAUCUCAACCCCCGUCGCCACUGGCGCGAGCACCCCGUGCAUUUCCAAAAGUCCAAGCACACUUACGCCAAAGAGCACGCCAUUGUCUUCCACGAUAUCGACUACUUCAUGAUCACUGUUAGACUUAUGAUGAAGGAUUACAAGACACUCGCCAAGUGCCUUGUGCCCAUUGGCGACCAGAUUGGAUUGACGUUGGAUGAGCGGGCUGCUAUGCUGAAGAGAACUACGCGGCGAUUUACCGAGGAGGAGAUUCAGAAGAAGUUUAAGAAGCAGUAG